AUGGCAUCUGCGUCCGAUUAUGCACCAUCAUCACCGAUUUAUCAUUGCAACGUCAUUGUUUUUGGUGAAUCCGGUGUCGGUAAAAGUUCGCUUAUCAAUCAGAUAUUUGACAAAAUCGUAGUGAAGGCCAGUAAUCAAGCAUUAGGUUGUACGACAGAGAAUGCAAGGAUAUCGAGCGUUUUAACAGGUUAUUCUGGUAUUUCAUGUGAUAUUUAUGAUACAGUUGGUCUAUCUGAAAGUGCAGAUGGAAGUGUACCGACAGAAACGGCUUUUGUUCAACUAAUUAAACUUGCUUAUGCCAUUCCAAAUGGAAUCAAUUUAUUGAUUUGUUGUCAUAACAAAGGACGUAUAGCAAACGACCGAUUCAAAGCAAAUUAUCGAAUAUUUAAACAAGAAUUAUGUGGAAAUCGAAUACCAUGUUUAUUAGUCAUUACAAAUUGUGAUGGCGAUGAACCUUUGGAUGAAUGGUGGAUUGAAAACGAAGAAGUUGUUCGUAAGAGGUUACUUUUCGAUUUUAUUGAUUGUGUUUGUGUAUCGACUUUAAAAACGAAAAAAAACAAACCCAAUGUUGCUCUCCGCGAUUAUCAAGUCUCGAGAGACAAUUUAAUUAGAGCUAUUAUAGCACGUGCACUUCCCAAACCUAUAAAAAUCGAUUCAUGGUCACGUAAAGUGAUUAUUGCUGCACGAGAAUUUUUUAACACAUUUUCCACAUGGUUUUCAUGGUUUGGUGUGCGAAAGGCAACAUUACGGCCAGAACUUAAACAAAUGUUUAUCAGUCUGAAUUAUUCGGAAGAAAAAGCGGAACAAGCAACCGAGAAACUCUUGAGAGAAUUGGCCGACAAAGAUUUACAGGCCCCUUAUCGUGACAUAGAGGCUUGA